AUCAACCUUUGUUUUGUUAUUUUCAUCUGUUUCAUCAUCUAGAUCCUUAGGAAAACAAUUUCUUUUUUUUGUUAUUUAUACUUUAAUAUUUUUUUUAUUAAUUUUGUAUUUAAUUUAAAUUUUUGGAUCUAAAUUUUGUGAUCAGAUAUGUCUACAUUCCAGCAUGAACCUGGUACAGCAAUCGAAUGUCUUUCAAUACCCAUAAAAUUACAAAAAGAGAUAUGUUAUGAUGCUUAUGGUAACGAGAUAAUGAAGUGUGGCUUCUCGAUUGGAGGAGGAAUUGACCAGGAUUAUCUUCAGUCACCUCAAGGAUUCACCGAUAAGGGUAUUUAUGUUACUGGUGUAAAUACUGAUGGACCAGCAUGGAGAUCGGGACUGAGAAUCGGGGAUAAAAUAUUACAAUGCAAUGGUUAUGACUUCACUAUGGUUACUCAUAAAAAGGCUGUUGAGUACAUCAAAAGAAGUCCAGUAUUGAAUAUGCUAGUUGCUCGACGAGGAGUUACCCAAGCCUGCUACAACGAAUGACCAUCAUUCUAAUCAAGACCAAUUGUGAUCAAAAAAACAAAGAAAAAUAUACUUCUAUUAUAAAUUUGUCACAUUUCCGAUGUUACAAAUGAUCUCACCUUAAUUACUUCGUGAAUUUCAGCUGCUCGAUGUGUUUCCUUUUUUAAGAAAGAACUGUGAAUUUCAUCCAAUAUGGUUUCAAAAUAACCAUUUUAAUCAACAAGUCAUGCAGAUGCUUCUUACCCAAUAAGCUGUUGCAAACUAAAUCAUUUCUCAUGAAUUGUAACUUUCUUGUCAAUCAUUGUUUUAUUAUCAAGCCCAUGUUUAAACAAUUUUAUACAUUGAAUAAUAAUAUUUUGUAUAUUA